AUGACGCUCAAGAACUUCAUCCCUCUCAUUGCCCUGCUGCUUUUGUCAUCGUGCGCUAGAGCGAUCAAUAUCAUUUCUUCCAACGACGAUGGCUGGGCGGAAGUCAACAUUCGCAGCCUCUUCGAUAGCCUCUCCACCGCCGGCCAUUCCGUCGUAGUGGUCGCUCCGGCGGAGAAUCAAAGUGGAACAGGUUCUUCGCAAAAGCGUCCUACACCUCUCGCUGAGCCCUGUCAGUUUUCAAGUUGUCCAGCAGGCAGUCCAGCCAUCGGACACAAUGCAUCACAACCUCGGUUAAAUUAUGUCAACUCGUUUCCCGUCACAGCGAUGAAGUAUGGAAUUCACUCGAUUGGCCCUCGCUUCCACGCUGGCUCUCCCGACCUUGCGGUUGCUGGCCCGAAUGUGGGGAACAAUAUCGGUCUGACUGUUCUCCUCUCUGGCACUGUCGGAGCAGCUGCUUAUGCAGCCCACGAUGCAGGCAUCCCCGCCAUCGCUUUCUCCGGCGCUAGCGGAUCCCAAACUGCGUGGAACGCUACACCCAGCUAUCCGCACUACAGCGAACUGUACGCUCAACUCGCGACCAUGCUGGUCAACCAGGCCACUCGUUCUGGAAAGCCGUAUUUACCCCAAGAUGUCUGGCUCAAUGUCAACUUUCCAGCCGUGUCCAAUAAGUGUAAUACCACGAGUGAUUUUUCAUUCGUGCUGUCCCGUAUACACGUUGCCAUCCCGUUCAUCACACCGGCAGAUGUGGACCUGCCGAUCUUCUACGGUCGCGAAUCAUGCACGGUGAACAUGGAGUCUAUCCCGUUGGAUCAAGGACCACGCAGAGUCAUCCACAGACGAAUCAUCCUGAUCGUGCUUACCACGAGUAGCAGGGACGCGGGGAUCCUUCGUUCAAGUGGGGUACUUCCCUGUCAGGCGCCAGACCAGUUUGGGGUUGAAGUCCGCUAUCUCGUUGAACUAUCUCGGAAUGAACGCGAUUCUGCACUAUACUCCAAGGAAGGUCGAGCAUCUCGGAUUCAUGUUUUGUGCCGGCAAGCCUUCAGAGCAUUUGAAAUCAUGAUCUUCUCUCGUCUGUACGGCCCACUGGCCCUUUGUUCCUGGGCAGCGGCAAGCCCCAGCCCAAAGCUUGUCAAUCGUGGAACAAUAGCGCACGACCAGCUUGUUGGGUUUCCCCAAACCGUCCCAUCUGGUGUUACUGGCCAAGUAUAUCUUGCCUACCAGCCAACUCUGGACGUAGUCAAUGGCUGUGUACCAUUCCCUGCCGUGGAUGCCAAUGGUAACACCAACGCUGGCCUGAAGCCCUCCGGUGCACCUAGCGGCGAUUGCAGCAGCAGCACCGGCCAGAUCUACGUUCGUGGUGGAAGCCAUGGAAACUACUACGGACUGAUGUACUCGUGGUACAUGCCCAAAGACGAGCCAUCCGACGGAUUGGGUCAUCGUCAUGACUGGGAGGGUGUCAUUGUCUGGCUGUCCCAGUCUACCAGCACCUCGGCUAGUAAUGUUGUCGCAGUUUGUCCUUCGGCCCAUGGUGGCUGGGAUUGCUCUACGGAUGGAUUCACACUCAGUGGCACAACCCCCUUGAUCAAGUACUACAGCCCCAUCUGGCCCAUAGACCACCAAUGUGGUUUGACAAGCACCAAAGGAGGAUUUCAGCCGUUGAUCGCAUGGGAGUCUCUGCCUGCUGCCGCUCAAAAUGCGCUGGAAACCACGGACUUUGGCAAGGCGGAUGUGCCAUUCAACGAUGCCCGUUUCAACAACAACCUCGCUAGCGCCACUUUCUGA